AUGGAAGAUCGAGAUGGUAAAAAACCUUUUGUUAUACCUAAAACUCAUACAUCAAAUAAAGAUAUUAUCAUAAGUGAAAAACCUGAUAGUCGUAAUGUAAUUGAAUUAUUUAAUGAUAUUAAAUCAUGUGCAUUAGAAGUUCAUUUUGAUUUUCGACAAAAUCAAUGUAAAUCUUGUGAUACAAUACGUAAUCAAAAAUUACAAAAAUUAUACAAUGAAAAACGAAUUAAAAUGAAAAAAGAUCAAGAUCCUAUUGAACGUUUAGGUUUUCAUUUAAUUGCUUAUCGUGAUGUUGCAUUAAAUGUUGCUAAUAAUGGUCUUCAUUGUGAACAAUUAUCAUUUACAAUUGAAAAAUAUCUUGGUAAUCCUAAAGAUGGCGUUCAUUUAUCGAGACGUCCCGAUGUUCUUUUAACAUCAUCUGGUGCUCAAGGACUCUAUAGAUUUGGUUUACUUGUUUGUAAAAUUCUUUUGGGAAAAGGUUAUGCAACAAUACCAUCAGUAAAUAAUAAUCAAUUAUCAGCACAAUUACAUUAUGAUCAUCAUUUUUGUAAAAUUCAAUCGAUGAAUAAAGAACAACGUCAUAUUGAUGAUCUAUUAGCAGAUUCUUUAAUAUUCUGUUAUGAACAUGAAAAUCUUGAAACUAUUUCUGGUCCAUCACAAAUCUUACCAAUUGCUAUUUUAUGGUAUGAUCUAAUAGAAAAAUUUCCACCGGAAUUAAUACCUACAAAUAUGAUAAAAAAUCCAUCAAAUCAAGAAUCUCUACAUCGUAAUGGAAAUCGUAAUAAUAAAAAACUCGCACUAAAAAAGAAAAUAUCUAAUCAAUCAGUAAAACCUAUUACUUCACAUUCGAAUAAAUCCAUAGUAUCUCCAACAAUAUCAAAUUUUAUUAAUCGAGAAGAUUCUAUUCAAGAUACAACUACAUCUGAAACAAUACAAAAUUCUAUUUUAAUUGAGUCAUUAACAUCAUCAAAAACAAAAUACCCUAGUCAUUUUAUGGUUCCAUAUAAUCGAGUGUAUUCAAAUCCAUCUCUAUCUACAUCAUCAAAUACUGAACAACAACAACAAAUACAUCCUACACAAAAAAUAACUAAUUCUCGAGAUCCUCGUUUAUUACGAACAAAACGUGAAAAAACAUUAAUAUCUUCAGAAACAAUUCCAUUAUCACAACAAAAUUUAAUCUAUGAACGAUCUAUAUUAUAUAAUGUUUCAUCAAUAGAUUCAUUAAAAACUUCUUUAGAUGAACCAAUAUUAAUAACAAAAAGUACUUCAUUAAUACAAAUUCCAUUAAAUUCUUCUAUAAUACUAAUUGAUCCACGUUUAAAAACUAUUAAAAAUACACGAAAUAUUUUUUAUCUUGAAUUACAAACUGUUAAACAUGCUAUACAACAACAAAAACGUCUUAAUCAUUAUUAUGAUACAAAAAAUGGUUUAAUAUCUAAAACAAGUUAUACAAUUAUACCAUUUGUUAUACGACAAGUAUUAAAUGAUGAAUAUGAACGUUUAUUAAAUGAUGAUAAUAAUAGAUAUAAAUUUCAUAAACAUUCAAAUAGUACUGAUUAUUCAUCAUUAUAUGUAUCUGUUAUUGAUUGUUUUAAUUUUGGUUUAAUAAAAUCAACAAUAAAUAAUCAAACAUAUAUUGAUUUAGAGCAAUAUGAAAAUAAAUUAGCAUAUGAACAAAUUGAAAUAUCAAAUGAAUUAAUACAACGUGAAAAACAAUUAAAUUCACAACAUAUACGUUUACGUUUACGUGAAAAACGACAAAGAAAAAUGCAACAACAAAUAAACGAAAAAAAAAUUUCCGAUAAAUUAUCAAUAAUAAAUUCAUCAUCAUUACCUAAUUCAAAAUUAUAUUUAACAACUGGUAGACAAUUAUUAAAAGAACAUAAAUUAACAACUAAAUCACUAAAUACACCUAUACCAUUAGAUUUAUUAGAUUUUUUUUCUCAAGAAUAUAAAAAUGAAAAUCGUCCAUAUGUUAAACAGCUUUUAGCUGAACUUGUUGGAAUAUUUAUUGAAAAAUAUCAUAUUGAACAUAAUCAAAUAGAAGGAAAUAAUGAACAAAAUCAAGGAGAAAAUCUUAGAUCAAUUAAAGAACCGAUUGCCGAUGAUGAAACAAUCAAUUCUGUCAUUGACAUGGAUAUCGAAUCUCCAUCUUCUGAAGGAUUAUGUGAUCAUGAUGAACGUUUUCGAAUACCAACACCACCACCACCACCACCACCAUUACCACCACCAUUACCACUCCCACCAUUACCAUCUAUAAAUGAUAUAAUCUAUGCUCAACCAUUAACAUCUUUUAUUUUAACAAGUACAUUAUCAAAUGAAUCAAAUAGAAUUUUUGAUAAUUCAAAUUAUAAUGAUUCAUAUCAUAGAUCAAUUGAACAAUAUCAACAAAAGGAAAUUCAAUUGACAAAUUCACAUUUAAUACCAAAAUCUGAAUCAAUAAUAAAUUCAUCAGAAGAAACAGUUUUAAAAACAUGUUUAGGAGGACUAUAUGAAUUAUCAUCAAGUGAUAAUAGUCUUAUUGAUGAUAAUCAUUCAUUAUCUAUAAAUGAUAAUAUACAACAAGAAGAAAAUAUUCUUUUACCAUUAGUUAAAAAUUCAUCAAGAAGUAUACAAGAUAAUUCAAAUCAAUCACGUGAUGAAUUUGUUCGAUUAUUAACACAAGAAGCUUGUAUGUCAAAAUCAUCAAGUCCAGAUAAAAAUCAAAAUAAUCAUAAACGUACAUAUGAUUAUCAUCAUCAUAAUCGAAGACGAUCAUUUGAUGAUAAUGAUCAUACAAACAAGCAUUCAACAUCAAAUCAUUCAAAUUCUCAUCGAUUUUAUUCACAUUCAUCAAAUAAUAAAACUCGAUCUGGAAAAUCAUCACAGAAAAAAAUUUCUUCAACUCGAACUGUAACACUUACUUCAAAACAAUCAAAUGAUAAUCAACAAAUUAUUGAAAUAUUAAAAGAUGAUAAUGAAAAUGAUUUUGAAGAUGAACCAAUGACUAAGCGUAUGAAAACCGAUUCACAUUCUCCAUCAUCAAAUAUAACAACUAAAACUGAAAAUAUAAAUGAAACAAUUGAAAAAGAUUCAAGUCUUAAAUCUAUAGUAACUAUACCAACAACUGAUAAUGAUCAUGAUUAUCGACAUGAUCUUCAUGAAAAACGCCGAACAACUAGUAAUUCUAAUCAAUCAAUAACAGAUAAUUCAAUAAAUAAAUCUUCACGUUCACGUUCAAAAUCAAAAGAUCGACGACGACAACGAUCAUCAACAAAUUCACAUUAUUCAUCAAUAAAAACUUUUCAAACAAUAUCAAAAUCAAAAGAUUAUUUACAAUCAUCAAGAUCAUCAUCGAUAUCAAGUCGAACAUCAUCAUCAAAUGAUAAUUAUCAUCGACAUCAACAAAUUAAAUCAAGAGAUGAAUAUCAAUAUGAACAAAAACGAUCAUCUGAUUUCUUAAAUCGUCAACAUAAACAAUAUAAAAAUCAAUUAUCAAAUCGAUAUGAUAAUAAUCUAUAUAAUGAAACAUCUUAUCGAAAUUCUUUAACAUCAACAUAUCAUCAACAUAAUUUAAAUGAUUUAAUUAUACCUGAUAAUUUACAAAAUGUUCAACAACGACAACAUAUACGUCAUAAAAGAUUUAAUUAUAAUCAUCAAUCAGUUGCUGAUCAUCCACGUUUUUCUAAUCCAAAUAUUCUAUCUCCUCCGAAACCACUCAUGGAUUUUCAUUACCCAAAAUCAUCAACACAUAAUCGUAGUUCUUCACCGGUGACAAUUCAAGAUCGAAAGUAA